UUGAAGAAAAAAAAUAAUUAAGAUAGAUUAUGCAUUCAAUUAUGAAUUGUUUAAAAUUUUAAAUUUGACAGGGCAGUGUUAAUACGAGGCAUAACAAAACUUCCGCUAAUGUAUAGGAGGCAUUCAGAAGCGUUGAAAUGAAGGAAGGUUUUGGUCGAGAAAAAAAAAAAUACAUGACGCAUCACAACUCCAAUGUAAACUUGCGCUCAGUCAAGGCAUUAAAGAAAGAAUUACCAAGUACUGUUUAGCGGAUGCUGUGUGCCAAAAAAUACUCCUAUGAGUGUAACUUUUGUACGGAAGCUUGACAAACCGAAAGUAAUGAAUACAACCAGAUUGAUAAAGGCUCAGGCCUUUUUACCCUCAUAUAACACGCCAUAGCGGAUGAAUUCAAAACUGACUGUCGAAAAUCUGUGAUAUUCCCGCUUAUUGAAGUGUACAAUAUCUCUUGUGUUUAUGAUAAGACCAUGCUGCCUGGCGCUUAACUUUUUUUUUUUUCUGUGUUAAAUUGUUUUUGUUGUUAUUCAUCAAUUGGCAUCAGCGUGGAACACACGUGUGAAACAUAAUUAGGAAUAACGAAAACCAAGACCAGGAAGCAAGCUGCUUUGGAUCAUCAAGGUUGUGGAUACAACUUUCAGAAGAUAGGGUGCGUUACCGUUUAAAAGUUACGAAAAUAUAUUACAAUAUUAUUAGAUUUAGACUAUUUAAAACUUAUUUUUGAAAUUGUAGCUUAACAAAAGUCUUGUACUUUAGUCGAUGUAAAAAUGAACAGAUUGCUCUUUGCAAUGACUAUGCAAACACUGCAUAUCCAUAUGACUAUGGACAAUGUGAUAGGAUUGAAGAAAACUUUUUAGCCUCUAAAGUUUGAUGGAUAAAAACUUGUCAAGUACGAUAUGUAGCUUUCGGUUUCAAAACUUGCAGAAGUGGCUGCAAAUUUAAGCAAUUAUUGUUAGUACAGAUAUGAACAAUGGGACUUACUGCUAUCCUGGGGGUGGUGGACAUGGACGAGCAAGGUAUUCUGGGGAUCCUGAUCAGUUUGAAAAAAUGGAUGAGGGAUCUAUAAAUAAUGUAAACAACCACCCGAUGACAGGGCCAGGAUUCAUUGGGUCUCCAUCUGGUCCUGGAUACAGAUCACAAUUUCAGAGCUCAGAUUUUAAUACCCAAACAUCAGAAGAUGACGUCUGCGGUCCUACUAGCAGGUCCACCUCAAAUUAUGUAAACCAGGAAUAUCCCUUAAAUUCACAAUAUCCAGGUCAUGCACACCACUACCCCCCGCACUCAAGAUAUUACCCAGGCACCAGUAAAGUGUCUCCGCCGUUGCAUCCUGUUUAUUCAGCAAUGGUUGGUAACCAGGGUGGAAACUAUGGAGGACAGCGGAUACAUGGUGUCCCUGGCAAUACAUUCCCAGGUCAACAUAUAGGAACAACUCCAACGCUAAACACUUUGUUGCAGUCUCCAAGUACACCUGCUAAAACAUCACCCCCUGUUAGCACAUCAAAUAGCCGUGACGAAAACAUGCCGGCAAGCCUUCAGCCAAAGAGUGAAAUGAACUCACCAACGCACUCUCCAUAUUCCAUGCAUCAACAGCAGCAACCUCCACCAUCAAAUUGGGCCUCAAAUUCAAGAGUUGGUGUUCAUCCAUACAUGUAUCCUCAACAGGGACCUGGCUCUUCGCUCUAUAGGAGUCAGUCUGGCGGCAACGACAUGAGCCAAGGCCGCCGGCCAGCAGUGGGUGGUUCUUACCCCCAACAGGGCGGCCAGUAUAUGAGCCAGCAGAUGGCCAUGGGACCUGGGCCAGGUUCGCAGAGAUUUAUGAUGGGUGGACAGCUGCCCAAUCAGAUGUAUGGACAUGUCCCUCCUCAGCCCCAAAUGUAUAUGCCCCCUUCACAGCAACCACCUGGUCCUCCACUCUCUCCAGCUGCUAGGCCCCCAACUCCACAGCAGUCACAAUUACAGCAGAUACAAAUCAUGGUCCAGAACUCUCCAAAGCAGCCAUCACCUGCUCCAUCUGAUCACGGCUCUGUAUAUUCAAUGAAACAAGAAGAAAACAGUCAAGACAUGAAAUCAGAACUUGGUAAUCCUGAAGACAUAAGUGGAGAGAAUUCCAGAGGCUCAACUGGUGUCCCCAGACCAGCACCAUCCCCAGUUGGUUCUUCUGGAUCUAGAUCAAACACUCCAGCUUCCAUUCCCGGUGCUCAAGCUGGCAGUCCUAUGCCAAUACGUCCUGCCUCUGGGCAGGUUGAUGGACAGAAUAGAAUGACACAAUCUCCCAUGGCUACUCAAGGGAUGGAUGCAGGUUACACUCAACAAAUGAUGCCCCCACCCAACAGCAUGGGGUACAUGCCUGGAACUGGAAAAAUGGGCGGUCCGAUGCCUGGGCAUUUUCCUCAGUACAAUUCUCAGUACCCACAAGGUGGUUACAAUAGACAACAACCUGGUAUGGGGAGCAUGGGAGGUCCUCCUAUGGCAGGGCCCAUGCAAAGUUACCCUGGAUCUCAGCAAAGCAUGUACCCUAAUGGACCUGGCCCAAUGCAAGGGGCUCCUAUGUAUGGAAAUAUGCCAGGAAUGAACAGAAACUUGGGUCAACAAAAUUAUAUCACUGGUCCUUAUCCACAAGGUAACACCAACAUGGGUGGAAUGCCAAGCAACCAAUACCCAGGUUACAACAUGGGACCUAUGCCUGGUCAGCAUGGUAUGCCUCAGCAAACUGGUGCCGGGCCAAUGCCACCAGGUUCAGCCUCAGGACCUAUACCUCCGAACAUGGGGGCCCAGCCAGGACUCAUGAUGUCGCAACAGCACAAUAGCUCAUCGAACAAAGCUGCUCAGGCUGCACAGGCAGCUAUGAUGGCUGCUGCUAAUUCAGUGGGUCCUCGAAUGGCGCACACUCCUCGGGGCUCAAUGAGUCCUUCCAGGGGAAUGUUUGGACAGCCAGGUGGUCCUCUGGCUCAAAUGAACAAUAUGACCAACUCACCAAACUUGGGAAGUCCUAGUUUAAACAGCAUGUCCAAUGCUGUUGAACAGUUAGCACGGAGUAGUGUUAUGCCUCCAUCUGCCAUGGGGGGCAGCGCCACCUCAAUAGCGUCGCCAGUGCCUAAGCCGGCUAACAGUCCAGCAGCUAUGGCUAACAACACGUCAUCCAGUAUUGCUCACAGUGGUGACCAUAACCAAACGUCACCAUUGUCCAACACAGACACUCAUGAGUCUUCUUCUCGGCCGAACUCCACCACAGCUCAUCACCCUGACCUGCCCACUAGUGACUCCACCACCGGCUCAGACAGCUUGAGUGGCAUGCCUAGUGACUCCACAUCUGUAGACAGUGGUUUCCAUUCCUCUGAUCAGGGUGACAAGACGGACUCUGUGAGCACCCCAACCUUAUCUGGGGUCUCUCCACCACCUUCCAGUUCUCACCACCAGAAUGGGGAUACCUCUAGGACGCUAGAAAAUAUUAGCCCACCUGGGCAUAUGGCUAGUCAUCACUUACAUCACCAGCACAUGCAACACCCCCAUCAUCAUAUGGUUCCAGAGUCCAAGAUGCCUUAUAGUGAUGGUGGGAUUCCAUUACCUCCCUCCUCUAUGUCAUCUGCCAUGUCAUUGAUGCCUUCAUCUAGCAGCAGUGUUGUCACCACAGCCAACACAGGUCCCAUGUUAACAUCUGUAACACAAAGCAUUAUGUCUCCUGUCACGAGUGUUUCUACAUCAAUACCCCAUCAUCCCCACCCACAUAGUCAUAUCAUGGGUCCACACGGAGGACCACCUCCACACAUGAUGGGCCAUGGGAUGGGCCCUGGUCCACAUGGGAUGAUGCCAAAUGGAAUGCCUCCCAAUAACAUGAUGAAUACUGGACACAUGGGUGGCCAGAUGGCACCAAACCUAGUUGGAUCACACAUGAUGCCGCCAAACAUGGGCGGACCUAACAUGAAUAUGAAUCAGAAUGGCCCAAUGAUGGGAGGUCCAAACGGUCCUUUGAUGAGCCAUAAUGGUCCCAUGAUGCCUGGGCAUCCUGGGAUGAAUGCUGGUGCAAACAUGCCCCCAAUGAUGAGUCAAAUGCCUGGACAGAUGAACUGCAUGCCUCCUAUGAGCAACAACAACAGUAUGAAUGCUGGCACCAACACUCCCUCUGAUGAACCCCCCAAAAAGAAAGUCAAGGAGCCGGAGGGCCAGCCUCAUGCCGGCUCAGCAGGGCCAUACUACACAGAGGAACCCAACAGCCCUGGGGCCCUUAAGUCCUCAUCAGACUUGUCCAAGUUGUAUGAGCUGGGACCAGAGCCAGACAGACGUAUGUUUUUAGAAAGGAUCCUCAGCUUCCUGGAAGAAAGUGGCCAUCCAGUGACAACCUUGCCAGUGAUAUCCAAGACUCCACUAGAUCUGUAUAAACUCUAUUUCUGUGUUAAAGAAAAAGGUGGUUUUGAAGAAGUUACAAGAAGCAAAAAAUGGAGAGAUAUCUGCACUGUUGUAAAUAUUGGCACAUCAGCUAGUGCAGCUUUCACAUUAAAGAAAAACUAUAUCAAGUAUUUGUUCAACUAUGAAUGCAAAUUUGACAGAGGUGGUAUUAACCCAGCACCCAUUUUGGCACAAAUGGAGGCGCAGUUAGCCCACAAACGCGAGCAGAAAAGUAAACGUCCCAUUUCUCCAGGUUCCAAUUCAAAUGAUGCAUUCCACCCUUCUAGUGUUCCUAAUAAUCAAAUGGAAUCUUCCUAUCCACCUAACAUGCCCCCACCUUACAUGCAAAAUCCUGAGGCAGGCAUGCCAAACCCUCACAUGAGUGGCUCUAAUAUGAUGAUGCCUAACAAUAACAUGAUGGGAGGGCAGCAGAGCUCACACAGCGGCAUGAUGUGUGGUCCUCAGAUGGGUCCCUCUGGAAUGAUGGGUGGACCAGGACCAGGUAUGAUGCAUGGACAGCAGGGGAUGAUUCCUCCCAAUGCAAGUGGAGUAAGCAACAUGAUGGGAAAUCAGAUGAUGUCAGGUGGACCGUCUGGCUACGGAGGCCCAAUGAUGACACAAAGUGGUGGGCCCAUGCCUCCGACCAGCACCACAGGAGCCCCGCCGAUUCCUCCACACAGCGUGGCAACUAAUAGUAUAAGUGCUCAAGAUCCAUUUUCUGAUGAUUCUGGUUACAUGCAGCAGCGAGGAAUGCCCCCUCAGAUGACACCCCCUCCCCAAACCCUACCAACUUCAACACCCAUGCCCUCCUCCUUCCCAGGAAUGCAGCAGAGCACUAUGGGUAAUACCACCAACACCAGUACAGCUAAUAGGCCUGUUCCAGCAUCAAGUGGCUAUGGUGGUCCAGAACAACAGUUAGGAGGAUUUCCCCCCUCAGGCAAUCAGCCAAAUAUUCCACCAACAUCUACAGGGGGUCAGUUUGGUUUUGGUCAGUCAUUUGAAAGACCUGAUAGGUUUGAUCAAUCUAGUCCAAAUAUUCAAAGGCCUCCAGGAUCCUCUUCAGGAAUGGCCCCGUCUCAACAGCCUCCACAACAACCUGGAGAAAAUAACACAUCAAUGUAUUCAGGGUCUCGCUUUCCAGGGCCUGCCCAGCCCAUGGGCAUGAGACCUCCUCAGCCUGGUGAUGCCCAGUUCCCUCCACAAGGUCCUCCAUAUCAAGGUCAGCCAGGUUACCCAGGUCCACAGUUUUCUGGCUACUCUCAAACACCAGGGGUUCCUUUCAAUGGACCAAGGCCACCUCCUGGACCUGGAAACAUGUAUGGAACACCUAAUAAACGUUUCCCAGAUGAAUCAGGCCCUAACCAGUAUACAGACUGGAGCAAUUCAAACCUGGGUAAUCACAUGCCAUAUGGUACAGGGCCAACAGAUAGACAGGCUCCUUCACCAGAUGUUCGUGAUGGAGCUCCAUGGUCACCAAUGCAGAGAUCCAGAAUGCCACAACCAGGACCUGGUUAUAUGCCCCCUGCACCUCCCUCCACGCCACCAAUGGGUCCGUAUGGUCGUCCCGUGAGCCAUAGGAAUUCCCCUCAAAGUAGGGAUGUACAACCACGAACUUACCAAGUACAGCAAAAGAUGCCUCCAGCCUAUGCUGGAAUGUCAAUGGCACCAAUGCCAAAAAAGGAGCUAGUAUUUCCAAGUGAUUGUGUGGAAGGCAUCAGUAUAUCCACUACUAAAAGAAAGAAGCUCACCCAUAAAGAUCUAGCUCCUUUUGAAGCUUGGCGCCUAAUGUUGGCUCUCAAGUCUGGACUGUUGGCUGAAAGUACAUGGGCUUUGGAUACUUUAAAUGUUCUAUUAUUUGACGACACCACUUAUGGCUACUUCAGUUUGAACACAUUACCUGGAUUGCUGGAAGUUCUUACCGAACACUUCCGCCACUGCUUGAUGCAGAUAUUUGAUGAGUUUCAAGACUUGGAGGAAGGUCAGACAAAAAAACCUAAGCACUCCUUCAAACAGAAAUUAAAGCAAUUGGUUGACGCAGACUCGCAGGAGACUGAAAUGGAUAGCAAGGAGGAUCUGAAAAUGUUUCGACUGUCUGGUACCAAUUACACCAUGGUAUCUCGCAAGGGGUUACCAGUUAAAAUUGACAGCAAUCCCACUGACACAUCAGUCAUAGAAUCUAAAGAUUGGGAUGUGUACAGCGACUUCAAAACCAAACCUGACCACUGGGUGAACGGCUGUGGUGACAUUACUGACCAUAUUCUCACACACUUAGAGAGUGGCAAAUCUAACAGUUUUCUCUCUGGGAAAUUCAGAAGAAAGAGAUGUCUGAAUGAGGAGACUGGCCAACUCAACACUGAACCUAGAACUGGGGAGCAGAAAAAAUCUAAAAAUUGCAAUAGUGACAUUAGUGAAGCCAAGCUUGACAGCGUGGCUGUUGUGAAUGAAAGUAAUAACAAUGGCAGUCUGGUCAUUGACACAAAGCUUACAGAGCAAAUGCAUAAUACUUUGAGUGAGAAAGUGGAAAAAGAAGGAAGCUCUAGUCCUGCUGCUGUUAAGAUGACAGAAACCUCAACAAAUAAACGUGACCCCUUGCUGGAGAGUGAGCUGAAUAAACCUGAGUUUGUGUCAGAUAGUUCGAAGCUUUGCAAUGGGGAGACUAGUGAAAGUGACAGAGUGCCAGUCAAAGUUGAACCCGCUGAGACUGUCACUCCAGGUCCAACUCUUGCUGGAGAACUUAGAAAGGAUGAAAAGGCCAACAAUAAAACAGAUGAAAGCAAAGAGGGUAAAACAGACGGCCAAGAGAAAGUUGAAAAUGAAAGUGAUUCCAAAGCCAAUGCGGUAACAGCAGUAAUAAAUAAAGAUACACUAUCAAAUUCAGAUGAGACAAAAUCCUCAGACACUACAAACCCAGAAAAACCUGAAGAUAAAGAAAUGGACACAUUUAGCAAUAGCUCUCCACCUGUACUGACAGCUGAGUGUAUGGAUGCAGAAGAUGACGAGGCUUCAGUGGAGAAAAAUUCAGAUCCAAUGAAUAGCACCAUGAACACUAGUGCCAAUAGCAUAAGCAUGGAAGCAGACUCUAGUGCUGUCAUAAAUACCAGCACCAUCCAUGAAGUCAAAGAGGAAAUUAAAGAAAGUUGUGUCAAAGAAGAGAAAAUGGAAGAGGAUAGUGUGAUGGAGGAGAAUCAUAAAAAAGUUGCCAACUCUAGUAUAUACUUCAGUGAAAGCUAUGUUUCUGAGACGGAGGAAUUGUCUGCCAGUAUUGUCACAGAGAUGUUGAAAGAGGAUGAGCACAUUGAAGAUGAGGCUUUCCAGAGAGAUGAUCCUCCUUUGUGUGUCACGCCAGAGAGUAGGGAUGAGCUAGGGCGACGGUGUGUCUGUAUUUCUAACAUCCUACGGUCUUUGUCGUGCGUGCCCGGGAAUGAAGCUCGUAUCUGCAAACAUCCAGGCAUCAUGCGAGUACUUGGGCGCCUCCUGCUAUUACACCACAGUCACCCAGAAAGGCCACCUCCUAGGAAGCUCCCCAGUGGGGAUGAAGAGGAGGAGGAGCGUGAGGAACCACCCAGGGUGUAUGACGACGAACACUGGUGGUGGGACUAUUUAGACCAGCUUCGUGAAAAUACCCUGGUCAUCUUGGCCAACAUUUGUGGACAUCUCCUGUUAGGCAAUUUCUCAGAGCAGGUUUGCUUCCCUCUACUAGAAGGUCUACUCCACUGGGUGAUUUGUCCUGCAUCUGUAGCCAGAGAUCCACUGCCCACAUUGUCCCCAGGAUCUUAUCUAUCCCCACAAAGACUAGUUCUAGAAGCUUUGUGUAAACUGUGCAUUCAUGAAACAAAUGUUGACUUGCUGUUGGCAACUCCUCCGGUCAAGAGAAUCUUAGAACUUUUUAAUGUUUUAGUAAAGCUGCUUGCUGAUCGCAAUCAUCAGAUAACAAGAGAAUUUUCAAUUGUGCUGCUGUCAUUACUGGUGCCAGGCGAGUCUAGUGCAGCCCGUGCUGUGGCGCUGCAGCACCCAUGUGUUUCUUUAUUAGUUGACUUUUUAGAAACAGCAGAGCAAAACGCAUUGGCUAUAGCUAACCAACAGGGGCUGGAGGUACUACAAAGCAAUCCAGAAGUGAUGGGGACCUCGCUGGACAUGCUACGCCGUGCUGCUUCCAUCUUACUGCACAUGGCCCGUGUUCCUGAUAAUCGCAAAAUGUUUGUUCAGCAGCAGAGUCGUCUUCUGAACCUGGUCAUGUCCCAGAUACUUGACCAGAGUGUCUCUAACACAUUAUCUGAAGUACUCUAUGAAUGCUCUCAGUUUUCUUGACAGGAUGGCAGCUCUCUAAUGUUAGAGGACAGCAAUAUUGCCAAAAUGAGACAGUAAAAACGUUCAACAAAUGAAACUAUGAUCUGAAAACUCACAACCUGAGACUUUGGUCACUUUCUCACUGACUUUGUGUGAGUCUUCCCUAUAGCUAUAUAUAUAUAUAUAUAUAGUGCGAGUUUGUUCAGGUUUGGCUAUAAUCCAAACAGCAUAGACAUUCAAAAGUGACAUCUUCUGAAUUGGAAAAAAACUUGUUUAUCCAAACUUGUUGUAUAACCCCAACAUAGACAUGAAAUCAUUUUUUACUCUGUGUUCAACUGAUAUCAUGAGAUAUUAUGCUGUCCUUGUAUAGACUUGGAACCUUCAAAAGGAUUUUUUAAAAAUGUGUGUUAAAAAUAAAUGGAAUAGACGCUUCAUUUCAAAACUGUGAAGUUUUUUUGUUUUUUUUUGGACAGGAUAACAUUGAAACUGUUUACAUAUUGGUGGACCCUGGACAAAGUUGAAAACCAUCCUCUGAUGUUUGUCCCUUUCUAUUUGCUCAAAGAUGUCUGACUAGCUACAAACAUAGUUCUUAUGUUGUUUUGUACUCAGUCACUAGAGCAGUUUUCUUUUUGCUAUUAGGAGUCUUUUAAGUGUAACACCCUACACUCUCAGACAUUCAUCCAGUAACUGCCUUGUAAUAUACUUAUGUUUGGGUCAUGAAUUCAGUUCUGUUAAUUUUUUUUUUUUUUUUUUUUUACUUACCUUUGACGUCCUGUUUGAAAAUAUGACCAAGAGAAAUGUAGAGAGCAGUACAUUAUUGCUUCAACUCAUUUUGUCAGGUGAAAAUACAGCUCUCUGCUUCACCUUCACCCUACUCCCUUCCCAACCCCAAACUGCCAUGAUCUAUUUACUGUUGAUGUGAUUGUGAACUGAUUGCUGUUACCUUGUGUAUAAACUAAAUUAUCAUUGUGUAUAAAGAGGCUUGGAAGGGGAGAGUGGGGUGGGGGUGGGGGCAUGCGAACCAAAGCUAACCUCACUAGUUAACUGUGGUACACAUCACUGGAUACUAUACUCAUCAUUUGUUCUAUCUCACUUGUGUAGUUAUGACUUAAGGUGAUCUUUAGACUCUGAAGAGCAAUGCGCACUAUCUGUGUAUUGCUACUGGGGCCAUAAUGUCUCUUUGAUUCCUAACAGAAAAUGUUCUCUAGUGUAGAUGAAUAUAAAGUCGUCUGUUAUAUUAUAGAUGGAUAUAAAAUCGUAACAUGAUUCGCUUUCUCUUAAUAUAAAUUUUUUUUUUUCAAGUUGGAUUUUAAUAUCUUUUGUCAUUUUGUACAGUGAUUGAUUGUCUUAAAACUAUGUGCUUUUUUUUGGCUUCUGAGUUGUUUCCUUAAUGAUGAUAACAAAUGUAUAAAAAUCUGGACAAAUAGAAGAUACUACUGUUUGAUUAUUGUAAUAUAUUACAAGUGUUUAAUAUAACAAAUUAUUUCCUGUGGAGAUCCCAGUCCCACUUACUCAUAACAAAAAAAAAAAUUAUGUCAUGAAAAAAAAAAAGUCCUCCCAUAUCAUCAUGUUCUUUCAGAUGUUCAUUGAUGAAACUGAUGUGUUACAGAUCUUCAUUGAUGGUCUAGACUUGUACACAAAUGUCCAAGGCAUAAUGCAAAUCAUUUAUUUUUGUGUGUGUGUGAGUAUUUGUUUUCUUUUUGUUUCUAUUUGUAAUGACAGACAUUUCCUAGCUUCCUCUCUGAUCAGCCAGGUGUGACUGGGUCAAGGGGUGAAAUGUUUUCCUGACAAAGAAGUGUGCUCGAUUUGGUUUGAGACAAGAAGUGCGCUCGAUUGUUUGGAGACGGUGUGUGAUUGUUGCUGUCAUGUAGGCAAUCAAGAGAGGUGUGUUCUGUCCAGCCAAACAUUGAUGUCUGGUUCUACUUGUUACAUGUUUGACACGAUUCCUUAUUUAACUUGCUGAAUAUAAUGUACAUAUGGUUCUAGUUUCUUUUUAAAAAGCAUAAAACUUGAGCUGUCGGAGAGUUACUGGCAGCAUAUUUUAUGUUGAGUUUGUCUGUACGCCAGAAAUCAGAUGUAUGUUUUUUUGUUUUUUUUUUUGCUUUUUUUUAAAAAGUAUAUUUAAAUUAUAUAUGAAAAGUUUGAACAUAUCUGCCAAGAUUUGUGCAUGUUUUAAUCCCCCCUAAUUGACAUGAAAAGUUUAAAAAUAAAUAUUUGUGAACCCAAUACCACUAAGGUGAAAUCAUACACUAUUGUAUUGGUAGGGCCUCCCAAUGCUGCCAACUUGUACAUUUUUUGAGUGUACAUGUCAUUUAGGGCUUGUAUGUAUUUAUGUAGUACCGUUUCCAUUGUUCCUUUUUUUUUUUAUACUAUGAUGAGGUGUCACUGAGCUGUUGUGCUGUUUGUUUUAUAUUAUUAUUGUGUUUUUUUUUUUCAUGUAAAAAAAAAAAGUACUCCAAGAGAUUUGUCAGUUGAUGUAUCAGUCAUGUCCACUUUUAUUGAAUAAACUUUUGUGAUUCUAAGAGA